AUGCCGCUCCGCCCCGUCCCCAUCGAGAAUGUAUCUAUCACCUCACCCUUCUGGGCUCAGCUGCAAGACCGUGCCGGCCAAGUGACCAUCCCGGCGAUAAUCGAGGCGCAAAAGUCGGCGGACCACUGGCAGUGUCUAACGUGGAAGGAAGGCCAUCCCGUCAAGCCGCAUCCCUUCUGGGACAGCGACAUCUACAAAGUCACCGAAGCAGCAUGCUACUACUUGCUGAGACACCCGGAAGACGAGGCCCUCCGGGCUGAAGUCGAGGCAGCGGUCGACAUGAUCUCCGCGGCCCAGCACCCCGACGGCUACAUCAAUUCAUACUACACCGUCCGGGGGAUUGGCCAACGGUGGACCAAUCUCCGAGACAUGCACGAAUUGUACUGCCUCGGGCACCUGGUUGAAGCGACGGUUGCAUACGAAAGCCUUACCCGCAGCGGAAGAUUGCUGGCCGUGGCGACGAAAGCAAUCCAGCACAUUGACUCGAUCUUUGGGCCCGAAUCAGCCAAAAAACAAGGAUACCCAGGUCACCAGGAGAUCGAGCUCGCCUUGCUGCGCCUCCACGAAAUGACGCACGAUCCCCUGCCAUUGAAACUUGCGCGGUAUUUCAUCCUCGAGCGCGGCCGACACUACGAGGAUGACGGCGGGGAUAACCACACCCCCAAGGGCGACGCCGCCGAGAUCUACUUCGACCGCGAGGCCCGCGCCCGCGGCGCAGACCCCUACGAGCACAUGGGCAGCGAGCACAAGCCCUGGUACCACGAGCCGCGCGACUACGCAUACCAGCAAGCCGACCGCCCGCUCGCCGAGCAGACCCAACUGCGAGGCCACGCCGUCCGUGCCAUGUACUAUCUCACCGGCGCGACGGACCUGGUGCGUGUGAUUGGCGACCAAGACCCAGCAGUUCGCAAGGUCCAGCCUGCCCUUUCUCGCCUGUGGCGCGACCUCGUCGACUCGAAACUCUACAUAACAGGGGGCAUCGGCUCCGUCACGCAAUGGGAAGGGUUCGGCGACGCUUACGCCUUGCCCGACCUCGAGUCGCAAGGCUGCUACGCCGAGACGUGCGCCACCUUUGCGCUCAUCCACUGGUGUCACCGGCUGGUGCAUCUGAGGGAUGCCGAGCUCCGGUCCGAGUAUGCCGACGUCAUGGAGACGUGUCUGUACAAUGCGUUCCUCGGCGCCGUGAACACCCAGGGCGACGCCUUCUACUACCAGAACGUGCUGCGCACCGUGCGCGACCAGCCCAAGGAACGGAGUAAAUGGUUUGGUGUGGCUUGUUGUCCGCCCAACGUCGCGAAACUACUUGGAUCGCUGGGGUCGUUGAUCUACAGCACCAGCGUGAGUACCGACACCGCCGCCGACGGAACCACCCCAGCCCCGAAGGAGACGCACCUUGCAGUCGCCAUCCACCUCUACAUCGCCAGCGAAGUCACCAUUCCUGGCACGGACGUUACGAUCCGCCAAACCACAAACAUGCCCUGGUGCGGCGACGUAGCCAUCACCAUCACAGGCACGGCGGCGGCGGCGGCACCUGUCGGGCUCGGGCUCACGCUCGCGCUCGCGCUCCGCAUCCCAAGCUGGGCCUCCCAACCAGGCCGGUUCGACUGUUCCGCCCACGGAGAAGUCAGGGACGGAUACCUCCACAUCGCCGUCCCGGUAGCCCCUCACGAUGGUUUUUCGGCGGAUGUGGGUGCGAACCCGGACGCACAUUCAGUGACCACCAUCCGACUCUCCCUCGGCGUCGCCCCGCGGAUCAUGUAUGCGAAUCCCCUGACGGGGAAGGACGAGCUUUGCCUCGCCCGCGGCCCGCUGAUCUAUUGUAUCGAGGACGUGGACAACGCGAACACCGACGUGGACGUGCUCGCGUUGGAGGACAGCCCUGUCCGCGAGGGGCCGGAGAUGGAGAUCGCCGGUGUCGAGGGCGUGGUUCCGCUCAUCGCCUCGGGCAGACAGCUCGCGCUGGCGCAGUGGGAACGUGAAUCUGGCGAUCACGGUCAAGGUCAAGGUAGACACGGUCUCUACGGAUCACAACCUUGGCGGUAUGAAGACCGGGUGCGCGAUGUCGUGGUUGUGCCGUAUUUCCUGCGGGCGAAUCGAGGCGGGAAUGGGGCGAUGAGGGUGUGGACGAAGAGGAUGCCCUCUGGGCGUAAGACGGCCGAGGAGGGGUGA